CGGAACGCCGCCCGGCGGCGGGUCGGGCCCUGUGUCAGCAGCCCAGCGGGUACUCGGGCGGGACAUGGCGGGUUGUGUGGCCCGGCGGGCCCUCACCGUGGGCAGUCGCUGGUGGUCCCGGUCGCUGACUGGGGCCCGGGGGCCGAGGCCGCUCUGUGCAGCGGGUGGAGCUGGGACCUUCCCACCAGUGGCGACCACGACGACGCGGAGGCACCUCUCGUCCCGAAACCGACCAGAGGGCAAAGUUUUGGAGACAGUUGGUGUGUUUGAAGUGCCAAAACAGAACGGAAAAUAUGAGACUGGGCAGCUUUUCCUUCACAGUGUUUUUGGCUACCGAGGUGUUGUCCUGUUUCCCUGGCAGGCCAGACUGUAUGACCGGGAUGUGGCUUCUGUAGCUCCAGAAAAAACAGAGAACCCUGCCGGCCACGGCUCGAAGGAGGUGAAAGGCAAAACUCACACUUACUAUCAGGUGCUGAUUGAUGCCCGAGACUGUCCACAUAUAUCUCAGAGAUCUCAGACAGAAGCUGUGACUUUCUUGGCUAACAAUGAUGACAGCCGGGCCCUCUAUGCCAUCCCAGGCCUGGAUUAUGUCAGCCAUGAAGACAUCCUCCCGUACACCUCCACUGAUCAGGUUCCCAUCUAGCAUGAGCUCUUUGAAAGAUUUCUUCUAUAUGACCAGACAAAAGCACCCCCUUUUGUGGCUCGGGAGACGCUACGGGCCUGGCAAGAGAAGAAUCACCCCUGGCUGGAGCUCUCCGAUGUCCACCGGGAAACAACCGAGAACAUCCGUGUCACCGUCAUCCCCUUCUACAUGGGCAUGAGGGAAGCCCAGAAUUCCCACGUCUACUGGGAACCAGUGUUAUCCAAGGAGCAGCCCGCAUUCCAGUACAGCAGCCACGUCUCCCUGCAAGCUUCCAGUGGGCACAUGUGUUUCUCUCACAGGGGCACAUUCCGCUUCGAGAGGCCUGAUGGUUCCCACUUUGAUGUCCGGAUCCCUCUCUUCUCCCUUGAAAGCAAUAAAGAUGAGAAGACACCACCUUCGGGCCUUCACUGGUAGGCCAGCUGAGGCCCUGAGCACCCAGGCUCGGAUCCCAGAGAACAGCUCACAUCCCACAAUUGCUGCAGAACUCUGUCAUGGGCCACAGUGGGUCUCUUAAUUGUUUGCACCUUUUGAUUGUGGGGUUCUUAUUUUGGCGGGUGGAGUAUAACUGUUUUCUCCAGAAGACCCACGUAGGACUCCUCCAAGGGUGGCCUUCCCCGUAAGCCCUGCCUACGCUGUGUUCCAGUAAACCUUCCCAUCAGGAACUCUCUGUGUUCAGACACCAUACAGGCUAGGAAACUGGAGGAGUUUCCUAGCCUGUCACACAAGGUGUUUAGAAUGUGAGGUUUGGUCAAUAAACCAGUGCACGCUUGGCCCCCCUUGCCAUUUCUGCCCCCAGGGUCUCAGGCUCCCUUUUUGACCCGGCAGGGGCCCUUCGUUGCUGUCCUUACUGCCCUUCCAGGAAGCUGCCCCUUCAACUAGAGUAUCUGUCUCCUUCCUGAGGCUGGGGGUUGGCCGAUGUCUCCCAGGUCACUCAGCCAGUGAGGCGGGGGCUGGACUGGACUCUUGUUCUCUUUACCCUCUGCCAAGUGCAGAGCGGGAGGCCAGCGUCAGGAUCAAAGAAGUGGCUCAGCUGUUCGUGCUGGCCAACUAUUGGCAUUUCUGGCCUCCGUGGGCCUGGGGGAGGAGUGAGGCAAGCCUGUCAGGUUUUCCGGAGCAAUGGGCUUGCCAGCACAGGUCUGUCAAGCCUCCAGAUCACAAUUGCAGAAACUCAGCCAAGGAGUGUUAGGUAUGGACAGUGACGAAGCCAGUCUACUUUCUGAGCUUCUCACAGAUCUCCAAGAGCCAGAGAUAAAAUGUGCUGCAUUUUUGCCCUGAUUCUUAGGAUUCCUGCUCCCCCACUACUAUAGUGAUUGUUACAGAGGUCGUUUUCUUGAAUUAAUAUUAAAUUUCAGUUCCAACCCUUAAAAAAAAAAAAAAAAAAA